GUGUGAUGAGUGGUUUACAGUGCUGCGUGUGUUGUACACGAGUGUCAAAUCGAAACCACCGUGCUUCCUGGUUUCCUCUGCUCUGGUUGAGUAACCGCGACCGUCGCUCGCUUUAACACUCGCAGACGCGGAGAGCUCUUCUACACAACUACACAACGACGAAUGGUCCUCAACGCGACACUGACAACUGUGGUGGGUGGGCUCUGCGCUGGGCGCUGUCCACAUGAACUUGGGAGACGCAACGAAAGUGAACGUGCUUGUGCAAGAUCGCGUGCUCGCCGAACGUCUCUGAAGACGAGGCGAGUUUCAACAACAACAACAAAAAAGACCUCGUAGAGAAAGAAGCCACCCCAGCCACGUGGAGGUGCAGCAUGGAUCAGGAGCCCAGGAAUGUGCAAUGGACGCGCUGGAAAUUUGUAGUGGAGUUAGCCACCACGGUGGUAUCACUCGGAAUGCUCGUUUUUGAUAUCUGCAUGGACUUGCUUUUGGCCCGGAAUUACCUGCACCAAGGGGAGGAACUGAAUUUCGGCCUCACAAUCUCCUUGAUCAUCCUUCCUAGUGUCGUCGUCCAGUUCUACAGCUACGCGUGGUUUGUGAGCGACAAGAAGUACAUGACCACGUGGUGGCAGCAGAUGUGUGAGGAGGUGCCUGCCUUCCGUUGUGUCACCGGGAAUAAGUGGAUUCUCUCCGUUGUACACGUGUUGCAGAUGGGCUUGUUCAUGAGGGCCUUGUGCCUCAUCUAUCUGGGCAUCAAGGCAUAUCGGAAGCACGCAGCUGACGGAACCUGGGAUCUGCUGACACGCUGGUGCAACCACCAGGCUGACCUGACCAUGCUGCGCUUGUUCGAGACCAUGCUGGAGAGCACUCCCCAGCUCCUCCUGCAGGUCCACAUCGUGCUGCUGACACGUCAGCCCAACUCCAUCCAGUGUAUGACUAUAGUGGCGUCUUCAAUAACCAUUGUCUGGACCAUGUUGGACUACCACAUCACCAUGCGGAAUUCUCUCGAGCACAAGGAAAAGCUGAAACUGUUGAGCUCAGCCUUUUUUGUCUUCUUAUCGUCUAAGUACUCUUUGCUUUUGUCCCAAUUGCUCACACUCUGCCUCCUCACCCUGCUGUGGCCCUGGUAUUACGUGGUUCCUGUUGGGGUGCUCAUUUGGGUUUUGAUGACCCUGACGGUUUAUUUUCACAAGACUGAAUUCAUGGACACUUGCUUCCAAGAGUUUGUCUACCGCUGCACCGUCGGCUUCAUUCUCAUCUUUUCUUUCUUCAACGUAAGGAAAGAUGCCACUCAGAGGAACGUGAUUUGCUACUACUCAUUCACGUGUUUAGAGAUUUUUGUAGCUGUAGGUGAGACGACAUGUCGCCACUUUAGCACACUGCUGACCACUGAAAUCUGGAUGCUAGCUAUAGUUAUUCUCAUCCUUGUGGGUUUUGUACUCGGUAUUGGCUUAACGUGUUUGUACUACGUCUGCCUGCAUCCCACAAGGGGAAAGUACGGCAAGGUCAGCGUGUCAGGGAGCUCCAAAAACAGUUCCGUCAGCUGCGCGGUGGCGUACGACGAGGUCGACAUGGGCUGUUGCCCUGGAGCAACUGACACCCCCAAUGGAACUAACUCGCCAUCGCCCCGGCCCCCAACAAAUGGACACAGCGGUAGUGAAUUACAAACUAGCGAGACGCGAGUGGAAGGUGUUCAGCCACAAGGUACAAACACUGUCCGGUCACGAUCCACUUCCAGAAUAGGGAACUAUAUACAGCUGUAGUGAACUCCAUGGUGAUGAAGCUGAAGACGUAGUUGAUGAUAUAACGAUGCUGGGAACUCAACUCUGCGUCUCUCAUUAAAAGCAGCUACGCAGUGCAUUCCCUAGCCCUGAAAUUGCUUGCACUAUGUGUAAAUUGCAAUGACGCGGAUGCAGAAAUUCGAACCAAUUAUUAUUUCAUCGCCCGUAUGCAGUUGCAGCUACUCAGUGCAUUUCCUUGUCCUGAAAGUGCUUACACUAUAGUGUGUAAAAUACAAUAACGUGGACACAGUAACUAGAACAAGUGAUUAUUUUAUUACCAUUACAGUAUGCAAUUUAAUAUCGCUAAGGUGUUGUGAAAUUUGCUACAUGCUCUGGUCUACAGUCAAUGCUCUGUAACUACUAAAAAGUCCUGCCUUUUUUCAGAUUACACUUUUUCAAUUAGUAGCUGUGUGCAAUGAAUGUGACCAGUGACUAAGCAAUGUCUUGGCAAUUAACAAUUUAUCCCAUUUGCGAUUAGACACGCGAGCGAAAUUGACGUUACUAUCAUCGGCGAUAAAUAUUUUUCUAUUGUAUAGCAGAUUAUUCGAGGUUACAUGGCUGCAAUGCAAUUUUGCAAUUGGCAAUGGCUUAUCUUUACUUUCAUCAGACCUGGGGUCGAUUAUAAUCGACACGAGUAACACGUUCAUGUAGGCUCCUGUUGAUACCGAGUAUUAUAUUUAAAAACAACUCAAUACAUGAGUCCGCAACACUACCUUGAAAGGAAAAGGCAGUGUUAUUGACAAAUGUGUUGAGGUUUUAUCGUGGUGCUUGUGCACCGCUGCAAACGAAGCAGCGUCAUUAAAUCAUUCAUUAGAUUUAAAAACGCUUGAUUGUAAGAAGACAUUUCAAACUUGUGGAGGGAAAAGGGAAUUUAGUAUUUUUGUAUUUGCUCAUUCGACGUUCACACUUUUUUUCUCGUAAACUUAAGCGCUUAACCUUGUUCUACUGUUUGUUUGAUAAGAAAAAAAUAAAAGGCUUUCACAAACCCCUUUGUUUGGAGGUCGUUCGGGCAUACCUCACCAUGCUGGUCAGUGAGGGUUGCUGGAGGGUUGUGGUCGUGUGGAAACUCAAGGACCAGUUCAGAUAUCACUGGCCAACCAAUGCUAGCCACGACCAGGUAUUAAACUCAGGUCACCUGAAUUGUAGCACAUCGUGCACAAGCCACUGUGCCGUGGCUCCACUCCGUUCAAUAAUUGCAGUAUUAUACAGAAUUGAAAUAACAUAAAUUUUCGUGUAUUGUAAUUACCACUCUUGAACCCAGUGCUCUAACAACACUUAUUAUAAGAGUUCAUCUGAAUUCCAUACUUAUUGGUGGGGUUUGUGGCCCAUUCAGAGGUGCCUCUAAGAAGCAGCGCUGCAAGUAGGCGUAAACUAUAUCGAAACGUACUCUCUGCUUCUUUCGGUAAAGUCACGUAGGUAGAAAAAAUAAUAAAAGAACACG